AUGGCUAAAUCUUCCCCUAGGUCCCCAUUCCCAUCGGUACUGGAUAUCCUCGUCGAGACCUCGUCGCUCUGCGCCCUCGAAAAGGUUACCACGCCCGCUACGCGACCUAAAUUACCAUAUCGUGUCCCUGAUGAGCUCCUCCCAGCACCUCUACCCUCCGUGGCGGAGAUCCUUGCUGCUCCCAAGGUGGGCUCCCACCGCGAAGGAGACGUCCCUAUUUACCGCGUCGGUGAGCACUUCGCUGUUAAGUACAGCCCGACUGAUGUCCAUGCCGGAGUUUAUCCCAGGAUGGCACCUCGGAGAUAUAUUGGAUACGCUGGAUCUGCCGGAAAGUUUCAUGCAAAUGGAUCCAACAACGACCGCACCCGGACAAGGCUACCUCGGGGCCACACGAGACUAACGAGCAGUGGACUGAGGCCAUGCUGCGUUACCUCCCCACGGUCAAUGCUCAUAUUCCUCGCCGAGUUCCAAGCGGUACAGCGUGCCUACCGCAAAGUCUUUAACGGGCACAAUGAAUCCGUCUUCACUCAUGCCGAUCUAGUGGGGCGGAAUCUCAUUCUCCGUAAAGACGGAACUGUCGUUAUGGUCAAUUGGCAGAACGCUGGAUGGUAUCCGGUGUACUGGGAGUAUUGUUGCAGCGACGUGUACGGGCGACGGUUCGAUCGCACGGGGUCCAGUUGGGGCUCGGAGCUUGCUGGAAUGUUGGACGAGUACUUUGCUGAAGCAGACCUCAUGACACGCCACAAAGAUUACAAUUAUACUUUGUGA